AUGGUGCUGAAGCGGCUGCUGCGGGAGCUUUUUCAGGAGCAGCUCGGCAUCAAGGGUCGCCUGUCGGCUGUCGAAGAGCAGGCAGCGCGCGAGGCCGAGCCCGCGGAUUCGUAUGAAGCCUCCGUCGCAGCCGGCGGCUGGGACGCCGCGUUCUCCCAGCGCGCCGGCGGCGCGUGCGGCGGCCCUCCCGCGCGCGUGGGGCUGCGGGCGGCCGGCGCGGCGCGCGCGGGCGCGGCGCUGCUGCUGUUGCACGGC